CUUGGACACCGCCCCGCCAAAAGAGGGGGAGAGGAGUCUCCGGGCUCGAAGCCCAGCUGGGAGGGUGGAAGCGAGUGGGCGGCGGGGAGGCGGGGCCUCGGCGGCAGGGAGGCGGGGCCUCGGCGGCAGGGGGCGUGGACUCGCCCGGCUCUGGAAGCUCCACAAAUGAAUGAGGCGGGCGCCGGGCUGCCGUGCCGAGCUGGGCUUUCCCCCGCGCUGCGGGCGCCAGGAGCCGCCUUUUCCGCUGGGUGUCACUCGGGGGUGGGGAGGGUGGCCCAUUCAAAAGCGCCGCCAGGAGGCCCGGCCGGUGCCCUUCAGUGAGAGCUCGCAGGAGGACGAGAGCGGUGCGGACGCUCGCUGCUCCCGGACCUUGUGGCGCAUCCGGACGCGGCUGCCCGUCUGUCCCGACCCGGAGCUGCGGCCGCCGUCCCUCUGCCUCCUCCGGGUCAGCUUCCUCUGCGCGCUUCGGCCCGGCGGCCGCGGAAACCACUGGCGAGAGGACGGAGCGCGGCUGUUACUGCUGCCCCCGGCCCGGGCGACUGCGAGCCGAGAGCCCGACCCGAGCGGCGGCGCCCCCUAUGCCGGGAGGAUGUUGGAGAACAGCGGCUGCAAGGCGUUGAAGGAGGGCGUGCUGGAGAAACGCAGCGACGGGCUGCUGCAGCUCUGGAAGAAAAAGUGCUGCAUCCUCACCGAGGAGAGCUUGCUGCUUAUCCCGCCCAAGCAGCUGCAACAGCAGCAGCAGCAGCCCGGACAAGGACCGGCUGAGCCGUCCCAACCCGGAGGAGGCCCCGUUGUGGCCGGACUGGAGCCACCGGUCAAGCUUAAGGAAUUGCACUUUUCCAACAUGAAGACCGUGGAUUGUGUGGAGCGCAAGGGCAAGUAUAUGUACUUCACAGUGGUGAUGGCUGAGGGCAAGGAGAUCGACUUUCGGUGCCCGCAGGACCAGGGCUGGAACGCAGAGAUCACGCUGCAGAUGGUGCAGUACAAGAAUCGUCAAGCCAUCCUGGCGGUUAAGUCCACGCGGCAAAAGCAGCAACAUCUGGUGCAGCAGCAGCAGCCCCCGCAACCGCAGCUUCCACAGCAGCCCCAGCCCCAGCCGGCGUCCCAACCCCAACUCCAGCCGCAGCCCCAACUCCAACCCCAACCCCAACCUCAAUCCAAGCCGCAGCCCCAGCCGCUCCUCGCGUACCCGCACCCGCACCCGCACCCUCACUCGCAUCCACAUCCGCAUCCGUACCCGCACCCGCACCCACCAGCACUCUCGCAGCCGCUCGGCCACCGGCUUCUCCGCAGCACAUCCAACUCUGCCUGAAGAGGGCAGCACCGGGGCGGACCAGGUUUUGAGCACUUGAGGAAGUGGGACGAGCACAUUUCUGUGAGCACAUUUCUAUUGUCUUCAAUUGGAUCGGAAACAGAAGUCUCCCCGGCCACCAAGUAAUUUGGACUACGCGCGACUGAUAACUUGCGAAUGAUUCCUUUUAGUUUUCAGCAUACUCCCAUCACAAUGCAGAAAACAACUGCGAAUACGCAAGGAAGGCUUUAUUAUUAUGAACCUUUGAAAGGAUCUUCCAGUACGGUGGACCUCCUAGGAGCAAUGAUGUACUAUACUUUUAUUUUAAUGUAUUUUGAUUUAUAAUUAUUUAUUAGUUUUUUUAACGCUUGUUCUAAGACAUUUCUGAAUGUAGGCCAUUAAAAAAAAAGUAGUUCUGUCUUCAAAAACCUAUUCCAUACUAAGUUAACCUUGGAAAAGAAAAAAGUAAAAGGGAGGUGGAGGGGAAAAUACAUACAAUUCAUUCAUUAUCCCUAGGGCAUUUUCAGAAGAUCUGACAUUGUUAUGCCAGGUGGUUGAAAUUAAACUCUGACGUUACUUAUUUUUUUGAAACUUUUUUUCUCCUAGAUAUAUUUCUUGUAGAUUAGAAAUUUAAAGAAGCCGAGUGCUCUAAAUUGCGUUGUUAUAAAAAUCAAAUUGCUUUUUCCAAAAGGAAAUGAUUGGUAAUGUUAUCUGAUUCAAAAUAAAAACAGAAUACAGCUGAUGACAGGAUGAUCCUAUCUGGGAAGGCCCAUUCACUGUAGGAAAAAGCCUUGCUUGCAUUAUCUCUGAGUGAAGGGCUCAUGAAUAAGGCAGUCUUAAUAUCUGAGGACACUGAUGCUUCAUUUGUAUGAUUUUAUAAAACAACGUGUGUGUGGGGGGAGGGGUGUGAGGAUUCUUAAUUUGUUUGAGAUAAGAUCCAUGAUCUUAUCCACACUAGGGAGUCCCCUCCUCUAAGAGUUGGCCACACUUCACCUGAGCCCCAGUCUUUGUUCUAAAAGCGUACUUAGAAUCUAAACAUACUUAGAAUCUAAUAAUUUAAAAUACAGUUUGUAAAUCUUUCAAACACUAGGAGUCAUAACUUUGUUUUCGUGCUGAAAAUAAUAUUUAUCAGAGAAACCAACUGUUUUGCUUUUUAUAGCUCUGUAAGAAACUUGAAGGUUAUAUGUUUUGUUGUUAGGUUAACUAAACUCUGAAAAUGAAAAAGGAAGGAUUGGGUAAACACUGGAUUUUCAGUAAGAAAACAAACCCCAGUCUUGUUUGAGCAGCCACUAGUUCAGGAUUUGGAGGAAGGGGGAGGGAAGGAGAGGAUGUGCUUUUUAAAGGUAGAACAAACCCUCCUCUGUGUUAAAUCAAAAGGAUGGUCAAAACCCAUAAGGGCAGAUGCUACUUAAGUUUAAAAAGAAGCAUAGAUGAUACCAAAUCCUCUUAGAACUGGAAAUCACUUCCUCUGCUUGACUAACAGGUCUCUGUUGUCCAUUUUUUUUGCAUAUAAUCUUGAGUAUUUUUCAAGCAACCAAAUUAGGAUGGUCAACAUUAGGACUCUGCUAAGUUGUGUAGUCAAGAAAUGAAACAGCAUUUUAUGCUAGCGAUAUCUUUCAUUUCUACUGAUCAUGAAGGUCAAACUAACAUGUUUAGUGCAAUAUUUUAAAUGAAGGCAAUUUAAGGUUAUAACUAAUCCAAUAAGUUGACAGGGGGUUGGUACUCAAGCAAAUGGCAAGAAAAUCUUAGGUGGAUUCCCACUUUCAGUGCUAUUAGGCUCUGACUGUGAAAAUAUGCUGCAAGGUUUUAAAAACAUAUGAUCUAGCUCAGAAGGCUAAAAACAUUCUUAAGAUAAGUUUGGUUUGGCUUCUUUUGGAGUAACUGCUUUUUUUUUUUUGCCUCCAGGGUUAUUGCUGGGGCUCCGUGCCUGGAGGCCAUUUUUUCCCUUUCGUUGCCCUUGUUGUCUAUCGUUGUUGUUAAUAUUAUUGUUGUUGUUGGUUAAUAUUAUUGUUGUUGUUGGAUAGGACAGAGAGAAAUUGAGAGAGGAGGGGAAGACAGAGGGGGGAGAGCAAGACACCUACAGACCUGCUUCACCGCCUGUGAAGCUACUCCUAUGCAGGUGGGGAGCUGGGAGCUCGAACCUGGGUCCUUACGCUCGUCCUUGUGCUUUGCACCACGUGCGUUUAACCCUCUGUGCUACCACCUGGCCCCCUAAUUACUACUUUAAAAAAAAAUUGUGCUAUUAUGCUGUAGUUUUUUAUUUUUUUUAUGCUGUAGUUUUAAUACAUGCAGAUCACAUAACUCAAACUUCAGGGCUUCACCUCCCUUCAAGAUGGAAGUGCUUUUCUUUCAAAUUCUUAUACUAUAAAAUAUUAUAUCCAUACCAAAUACUUUUAAAAUCAAGAUUCAUAUAGAUUUUUAAAGAAAAUAUAUGUAGUUUAAAAAACAAAUGUGUGUUGUUUACUUACAUAGGCUAGGUGAUAUCAUUGAAAAAAUACACCCAGGCCCAUAAUGAAUUUUCCUGCACAAAGGCUGUAGGGCUUUUAAUAGGGUUAUCAGAAUCUUGUUUGGUUUUUUUGUUUGUUUUUCCUUGUCUUUCCACAGUCCUUUCUUCCUUGGUCUGCUGUGAUAUUUAUGUUAAGUCAGCCUUCUUAGUGGCUUCCUAGUCAGAACCUCUCUUAGCAUUUAACUGUGAAACCUCGGAAACUAGGAAGGAGAGGAAUAGGAUGGCAUUUAUUGCUUGACACUGAUAUUAUCAUAGCUUAAAAUACUUUUUCCAGAACCAGAAACUAUUAUACAUAAGCAUGUUUAAUAAAACAAAGCAAAAUACAAAUGAAAAAAUAUUUAAUGUGUCAGUGGCUCUAUUAUACCUGCAAAAAAAUAGGAACCACCUAAGUUAUCCUGAGACUUCACAUGGAAAAGGGUAAAACUUCCUUCUUCCAGCCCAAAGAAAGAAGGAACAAAAGGGGCAGGUUCAAUAAAGAACCCACUCCUUAAAUAAAUAGAAACUAUAAAAUGUUGAAAAACUGAAAGGAAUAGCACAUCUGGAAAUUGACUUUUGGCUUUGAACUUGUUGGCAGUAAAUCUUGUAUACAGUGAGCUCAGUAAGUUCGUUGGGACAAAUGAAUGAGAAAAGGAAAGAAACGCUCACCAGCAUCUAAAGGGUGGGUUCUUUUGCCUCACAGAGUGCUUCCUAUAUUCAUGUUCUUGUGAUUCUCUUGAGAACAACAUGACGAAGCUCCUCAGACAUACUUUCUUAGUGGAAAUCCACAUAAAACUGUGUAUGCUCUACAGGGAAUGCUGAGGUCAGAGAGUAAAUGACUAUAAAGGGCCCUUUCAAAAUGAAAAUUUUCCUCAAAGAGGAUGCUGGGAUUCUCUCACCACAUAAAAAUCAAGCCAACUUUAUAAUUUCACUUCACAAGACUCCCCCCUCCCCCCAGGUAAAAGAAAACCCAACUCAUUACUUAAAGAGUUCCCCUCACAUGUAAACAGGAACUUUGACAAGUUGAAAGGUUUGUUUUAACUCCUCUCUCAUAUGCCAAAUAGUCUUAUUUUCUAAAAACCCCUCAUUUCAAUCUGACAUACAGAUUUGUUGCCAGUGUGAGUUAAAAAUAUCUCAUCUUCUUUCUCUGUUCCCCUCCUUUCCUCCUCUCCCCUCCCCUCCCAUCCCCUCCACUCCCCUCCUCUCUUUCACCAGAGCUCUACUCAGCUCCGGUUUAUACUGUGUGUUGGGGGAGGGAGGGCUGUAAGGGGGAUUGAACCUGAGACUUUGGAACCUCAGGCAUGAGGGUCUCUUUGCAUAACCAUUAUGCUAUCUAAACCCCCUCCCAUAUCAUUUAUUUUCUUUCCAGAAAAAGUGACUUUAGACUAUUUCCAAGUGUUAAGUAAUAUUAAGAGGCAGGCUUAGAAGAGGGGUUUAAGACUUAAGUGAAACUGGAGCAAUCACAUAAAAAGUAGAACUCUGAGGGAUGAGGAUGGACCUGUGAGCAUUUCUUUUCUUCUCUCUCUCUCUGGUAAAUAUAAAAUUGAUUUUUGCUUUCUCAACAAAAUUUUAAUUGGAAAUUAUAGGACUUGAUAUUGUGUUGAAUAGAUUUUUAAAAAAUUACUUUUCUAAAUUCUUGAUCUUUUGAAGGGUGACUUGCUGAUGUAUAAUGCUGAAUAGCCAAUCUGUAUUUACUUUAAGAAUGGAACACAAAGUGAUCUGUGACUUUCAUGGCAGGACAUUUGCCAAAAGAAGUUCAGGGUCCUACAGUGUUUUCUCAGAAAAGACAUUAUCCAGUGAAAGGAGUAUAAUAUACUUAGAAGCAUCUGCAUAAAAGCUGAGAACUACUACCUGCUCAGAAUCUGACCUGGUGGUUAUCAGCAGAACAGUGGGGAAGAUUUUGACAACAGUUGGCUCUUGCAGAUCACUACACAUUUUGAGAAGAGAAGUAAAAUUAUUGUCUGUUAUAUUCCACAGUCAGCCAUCUGCUUAAAGUUUCAGAAUAUACAAAUGCAAGUUUCCGAAAUGGAAGCAUCACUGUGUACCAAAUGCUUUAUAAACUGUCACAUUCAUGAGCUUAAUAGUGUGAUCACAAAUGGUGUAAGUAUUUUUCAAGCAAUUUUGGAGAGAUGUGGCUUAUUUUUCAUAUUUUCAAUGUGCAUUCCAUCACGAAUAAAAGUAUUUAUUGAGACGAC